UAACAGUGCUCCUUAAAAAAAAACGAGAUAGCAUACCGGGAAUUAGAGGAAACUCCGACUUCAUGCUCCGGCUACCGGGGAAGCUCUCCCCGAAAGCCCUACUGAAACUCCUAAAGUCCGAGAAGAACGCUAACUCUGCACUAGCCCUGUUCGACAUUGCGAGUCAGCAUCCGGGUUUUGCUCACAGCGAUGCCAUUUUCCAGUACAUUCUCCGUCUUCUCUCAGCCGACCGACGAUUCGCGCCCCAGAUUACUCGGAUCUCCGACAUGAUCCGGGCUCAGAAUUGCCCGUGCUCCGAGGAUGUAGUGCUCUCCCUUAUCAAAGCCUACUCCAAAAACUUCAUGGUUAAUGAAGCCAUAGAGGUUUUCCAUAACAUGAAGAAGAAUUUUGGGUGUCAACCCGGGGUCAGGUCGUACAACAGCAUGCUCAAUGCUUUUGUGGUUUCGAACCAGUUGGAUAAAGCAAUGCUGUUUUUUAAACACUUUGAGGAGAUGUCUCUUUCACCCAACACUGAAACUUACAAUAUUUUGAUUAAGGUUGCGUGUAAACGGAGGAAAUUUUGCCAGGCUAAAGAGAUUUUGAACUUGAUGUGGGAUAAGAAGUUGAAGCCUGACGUGCAUAGUUAUGGAACUUUGAUCAACGGGCUUGCCAAGAAUGGUGAUUUGAACGAUGCAUCUGAGGUGUUCGAUGAAAUGUUUGACAGAGGAGUGGUACCCGAUGUGAUGUGUUAUAAUAUUCUAAUGGAUGGAUAUUUCAAAAGGAGCGAUUCUGCAGCUGCUAAACAGAUAUGGGACAGGUUAACACAGAGCGAGCUGGUUUAUCCAAGCACCGUGAGUUAUAAUGUGAUGAUCAGUGGUUUGUCUAGGUGUGGAAGAUUCAGUGAGGCAUUGGAAAUAUGGGAUAGGAUGAAGAAAAAUGAGGUCAAAAUGGAUGUCUUUACGUAUAGCUCAUUGAUUCACGGGUUUUGUGAGUCUGGAGAUAUCAAUUGGGCCGAGAAGCUCUUUGAGGAGAUGACGGCGAGAGAAAUAUUACCAGAUGUUGUUAUUUAUAAUGCAUUGCUUAACGGGUACUUCAAGUUCAAGAACACUAAAGCAUGUUUUGAGUUAUGGGAUUUGAUGGGGAGGGAAGACUGUCGAAACGUUUCUAGUUAUAAUAUAUUCAUGAAAGGGUUGUUUGAGAAGGGAAUGAUGGAGGAAGCCAUUGCUGUUCUGGGACUCCUAAAGGAGAACGGCUAUGCUGCUGACCAAAUGACAUAUGGGAUUUUGGUUCACGGGGUUUGCAAAAAUUCAAAUGUCAACAUGGCAUUAAAGACGUUAAAGGAGGCAUAUGAGAGUAAAGGAGAGCCAGAUCCUUAUAUAUACACGGCUAUAGUUACAGGGUUAUGCAAAGAAGGAAGACUAUAUGAAGCAGCUUCUAUCGUUGAUCAGAUGGGAAAGAGUGGCUUUAAAGUAAACCCUGCUAUUUUCAAUGCACUAAUUAGCGGCUUUAUUCAAGGCAAUAAGGUUGAUGAUGCAAUGAAAAUUUUUGGUGAGCUAGGUAAUUAUAAAAAUUUCUUAAUCAAUGUAGUUACCUAUAACAUCCUUGUUGACGGUUUAUGCAAAGCCGAAAGAUUUGACGAAGCCUAUGACAUUGUUAAGGAUAUGCUUCAGAAAAGAUGGAAGCCAGAUGUUAUCACGUAUAGCUUGCUAAUCAAUGGUCUAUGCAUAACGGGCAAGUUAGACAUGGCAAUGAACUUGUGGGGCCUAGUUCUUAGCAGAGGUAUCAAGCCUGAUACAACUAUGGGUAAUAUUAUGAUUCAUGGGCUCUGCUCUGCAGGAAAACUUGAACAAGCACUGUGUAUGUAUCUAAACAUGAGACAGUGGGACUGUGUUCCUAAUCUAGUCACACUCAACACACUCAUGGAUGGAUUUUACAAAGUAAGGGACAGGCGUAGUGCGUCUGUGAUUUGGGCUCGAAUUUUCAGAGGAGGGUUUCAGCCCGACAUUAUUUCUUACAACAUUACUCUUAAAGGGCUUUCAUUGUGCAACCGGAUAUCAGACGCCAGAUUGUUUUUGAAUGAUGCUCUGAGUAGGAAGGUCUACCCUACUGUGAUUACAUGGAACAUACUUGUCAGAGCUGUUGUUUAUGAUGGAAUGCACUCACAUCAUUUUGAUAAUGUUGAUUUGUUUUCCAGGCCAAAGUAAGCUGUUAUGUGCACCCUGUUAUGUUUGUUGUGAUUAUUGCUCUUAUGUGAGUUACCUUGGUAUGCAAAUGUUGCUCACCAUGCAUGGAUUUCCCACCAGAUGUUUUUUACUAGAGAAGCAUUUAGGUUAUAAAUUUUUGCUGCUGACAUUAUUUGACAGGUUGACUAUAGUACCCUUAGGAUGACUCAUCAUUGCAUAAUGUUGAAUCUUUGUAAGUUGGAUAAUAAUAACGAUAAAGCAUCAGUUGAAUC